AUGGGUCGAUACAGAUAUGGAGUACUUGGGAAAUUCUUCAUGUUGAACAGCCCCAAAACAGUGUUCCCCACAGAUAUUAUCUCAAACUGGGAAGUAUUCUUUGGACGUGCAGGUCUUCAACUGACAGAGCAGAACGAAUGGUCAUCGCCUGAAGCUCUGUUGAUGAUGGGUUCUCUUAAAUUGUUAGGCCAAGAAAUUGCCUUUUUGAAAACAGAUGAAAAAGUUAUACAGGAGAUAUUGAAUCGCAAAGAACCAUUGAAGGACUUCAUUGAUUUCCUCGGAGAACAAGUUCAAGGAGAAAAGACUCAUGCUAUGAUUACAGAGAUUGGGUUCAGGGCUCCUUGUAUUGUUGGUCUGCCAUUUCAAGCAAGUGGCAGUGGUGUAGCUUUGGCACAAUUAAAGGUAAAUACAGAGAUAACUCUAUCACAUGAAAACGCACGGCAAAAAAGGAUUGACAAUGUACAAGUUCAUGUUGAUGGCAACCUUGUCCUCCAGGGUAAUGGUACAUUACAUUUUGGAAUUAACACACAUGACAUGCAGCAUCUUGUGGAAAUCAAAGGCUCAUUACGUGCCGUAGCCUCACCCAGGUUUACUGUCACGGUGAACAUGGCAAAUCAGCACUUGAAGAUUGAAACCACUCCACUUCAUGAGCAGGUUGAGCUGCUGCUUGUAAGUCAUGAGGCUCACGUUGUGUCAAGAGAUGCAGAUGAUGAGAAAGCAGCUCCAGUCCUUCCUCCAAGAGCUGCAACCAGAAUUGAGGAUGGAUAUUUCUACCCUGAUGGAACUACUUCAGGCAGAAAUGACAGAACACAAAGAUCCAAGGAGCACAGAGACCGGGCUAAAGAGGAAUGUUACUACAAUGCAGAAUCACGCACAUCUGACUGCGAGCCAUUCGCAAUCCCAAUCCCUAUCUUCUAUGCGGAAGUCUGUAAACAGACGAUAAGGAAAACAAAAGAUGCCGUAUCCUUAUGGAACCCAUGGAUGCAUGCCUUGUGUAGAGAACAUAAAUUUAGAAUUCUGCUGAGACCAGUCCGCAAAGGUGUGCCUGUUGACAAGAUUGAAGCAAGGGUCCAAAUGCGUUUCCAACAAAGGACGAAAAGGAAUGUGGAAGAUGAUGACAAUGACGAUCAUGAUUUUGAGACUGAUUUAAGUAUGGAAAACCUUAGACGCAUAGUAUUCACUGGAGACAAAAAAGGAUACCAGAGUAGUCAGAGUAGUAGUGGCGGCAGCAGCAGCGGAAGGAGCAGCAGUGACAGCAGCAAGAGAAGCAGCAGCAGCAGCAGUGGCAGCAUCAAGAGUAGCAGCAGCAUUGACAGCAGCAGCAGCAGCAGCAGUGACAGCCGCAAGAGAGGCAGCAGCAGUGACAGCCGCAAGAGCAGUAGCAGCAGCGACAGCCGCAAGAGCAGCAGCAGCAGCAGCAGCAGCAGCAGCAGCAGCGACAGCCGCAAGAGCAGCAGCAGCAGCGACAGCCGCAAGAGCAGCAGCAGCAGCAACAGCCGCAAGAGCAGCAGCAGCAGCGACAGCCGCAAGAGUAGCAGCGACAGCCGCAAGAGCAGCAGUGACAGCAGCAAGAGUUUAGAUAAGGAAAGCUUAGAAAAGAUCUACAAUAAUGAGUUCCGUUCAUGGCAUGAACAGCAGACCAAAAAUGGGAGAGCAUUUCUGGUUGCUAGUCUUUAUGGCUUACAAAAUAAUAAAAAAGUAGAAGGAUACGAUGCUGCCGUAUAUGCAGUCUCUAAAGUCGAGCUACAGAUUCUUGUGGCAAAGACCAUAGGAACAGAAAGGCCAGUAACCUGCUUGCAUGCUGCAUUCUCCGAACACAGGGUCAUGGCCACCCUGAAGGCAGGUCGUGAUUGCCAGGAGUACGAGGUUAGAGCAGUAUAUGAAAAUGGCACAUUUGCUCAUUAUCCUGCUGUUCGGUUGAUGGUUGACUUCCUCAAGGUUCCUCCAUGUUUGAAGUACAUAGGAAAAGAGCUUUUAACACUGGUCCCUGGAAUUGCUGCCAUGAUGGGCUAUACACAGAAAGAAGAGAGAAACCCCCCUCAACAGCUGGAGCUGAUAGCAGGUCUAACUAAUCCAUGGAACUAUUUCUUGGUCAUGAGGAUGCCAACUGAGGUCAUCUAUGUUACAGAUGGUAGGCUUCCAGUGCCGCUCACCCUGAAGCCAUCUAUUGACAUCUUACGGCCAAUAAGCUUUCUGAGUUUGGAUGGCGUUUGCUCAGUAAAUGGUGAAACAAUCACAACCUUCAAUAAAAAAGAAAUACAGAAUGUGUUGCCUAAAAACUGUUUCCAGAUCUUGGUCAAGGAUUGUGAGAAAGACAGCAAGUUCCUGGUGAUGAUGAAAGAGCAGUCUGAGAACCCAGAGUAUAAAGAAGUCAUGGUCAUGUUUGGCAGCAUGACCAUUCACUUGAGACGCAAUGAAAAGCUCAAUGCGACAGAUAAUUAUGGUGAAAUUACGUCAUUCCCACACACAGUCAGAACGGAAACAGGAGCUGACUCGUCCAUUGAAAUCGAUCUGAAAAAAAAUAAGGAGCUUGAACUUCUUGCUCACGAAUAUGGACUUGAAAAAUUAACCUAUGAUGGAGUGAAGAUCAAGGUUGAGGUCAAUGACGAGAUGAGAGGAGCCUUAUGUGGUCUCUGUGGGAAAUUUGAUGAUGAAAUAUUAAAAGAAUACCGAACACCAACUGGCUACGUAGCUAAAAAUGAACAGAGCUUUGCUCUUUCUUGGGUGACCCAUGUUGAAAGAGACUUAGCUGCGCAGACUUUGUACCUAGAAGGCAAAAACAAGACGUGGAACUCACUGGGGCUGGAGGUGCAAAAGGCCUGUAAACUAAAGCAAGAAUCUGUGGAAUAUACAGGAAAAGGUGAAUUGUCAAGAUGCCUUCCCAAUAUGCCUGUGUUGCGCUGUAUUGAUGGGUGCAUGCCCUCUGAAACCAGAGAGUUUACUGUUGGUUUCCACUGUGUGCCAUCAAAUUCCACUGUGAGCUUGACUAGAAGACAUACUGAAAAAUAUGAAGACAUGGAGAAGCUUACUGAAUUCCACACGGCAUGCUCUUGUACUCAAUGAAUUUCCUGCUCAACCAUUUAGAAACCCAUAAUUCUGUCUUCUGUGAGGCCAGAAUGUCAAUAUAAGGCAACUGCACAGAUGUUAACUUAAACAGUCUUUUAAAAACUCUCCUGAAUCUUCUAAAAGAAAUCUGAUUUUCUAAAGAGCCAUUUCCCUGUAGAAAAAAGUUUAACCAUAAAUGAAAUAGAUGAUUUCCUAAUAAACCCUUGCAU